AUGGAGGCUGAGGAUUUAGGAAAUAGAGAAUUGACAAUUGAUUCCAUAAUGAACAAAGUGAGAGAUAUUAAAAAUAAAUUUAAAAAUGAAGAUCUUACUGAUGAACUAAGCUUGAAUAAAGUCUCUGCUGAUACCACAGAUAACUCUGGAACUGUUAACCAAAUUAUGAUGAUGGCAAACAACCCGGAGGACUGGUUAAAUUUGUUGCUCAAACUAGAGAAAAACAGUGUUCCCAUGAAUGAUGCCCUUUUAAAUAAAUUGAUCGGUCGUUACAGUCAAGCAAUUGAAGCACUUCCUCCAGAUAAAUAUGGCCAAAAUGAGAGUUUUGCUCGAAUUCAAGUGAGAUUUGCUGAAUUAAAAGCUAUUCAAGAACCAGAUGAUGCACGUGACUACUUUCAGAUGGCCAGGGCAAACUGCAAGAAAUUUGCUUUAGUGCAUGUAUCUUUUGCACAGUUUGAGCUAUCACAAGGUAAUUUCAAAAAAAGUAAACAGCUUCUUCAUAAAGCUAUAGAAUGUGGGUCAGUGCCACGAGAAAUGCUGGAAAUUGCCAUUCGGAAUUUAAACCUUCAGAAAAAGCAGCUGCUUUCAGAGGAGGAAAAAAGUUUACCCGCAUUUACAGUAUUAAGUGGCCAAGAAUCACUCCCUAAUUCACUUGGACACUUACAAAAUAGGAACAUCAAUUGUGAUUUUAAAUCACAGACUACAAAAACCAGGUGUUUAUACGGAGAGAAUGUGCCUCCUCAAGAUUCAGAGAUAGUUCAUCGAAAUCCCUUAAAACAAACAAACAAGCGGUCAUGUCCAUUUGGAAGAGUUCCAGUUAACCUUCUAAGUAGCCCAGAUUAUCAUGGGAAGACAGAUGGUUCAGCUGUACCAACUUUUACAAAAAGACAGACCUCUGGAUCAGAAUGCCGAGACAGAAUUGUGCCUGGAUGUAAAUCAACUGUAAAUGAUUCCAGUGAAUUGAGAAAUUUAAAGACUGUUAAAAAUAUCCAUUCCAAGGAACCCAUAAUGUCAGGUGAGAAGAGUUCUGAAAUAAUUACUGAUUCAGUAACCCUGAAGAAUAGAAUGGAAUCAAGCCUUAUAACAAAAUUAGAAGAAACUAAAGAACAUGAAGAACCAAAGGUUCUAGAAAGUACUCAGAAGCAUUGGCAGCCUAAGAAAAAUUCAGAAUGUAUAAACCAGAACCCUGCUGCAUCUUUAAAUCAGUGGCAGAUUCCAGAGAUAAUCCGAAAACUUGAUUCAGAGCAAAAACAAACCACUUUUGAGCAACCUGCCUUUUCAAUGUCAAAGCAGUCACCACCAAUAUCAGCACCUAAAUGGAUUGACCCAAAAUCUAUUUGUAAGACUCCCAGCAGCAAUACCUUGGAUGAUUAUAUGAGUUGUUUUAGAACUCCUGUUGUAAAGAAUGAGUUUCCACCUGUUUGUCAGUUGUCUACACCUUAUAGCCAACUCGCGUGUUUCCAGCAGCAGCAGCAGCAGCAAAUACUCACCACUCCACUUCAAAAUUUACAGAUUUCAGCAUCUUCAACAAAUGAAUGCAUUUCAGUUAAAGGAAGAGUUUAUUCCAUUCUAAAACAGAUAGGAAGUGGAGGUUCAAGUAAGGUGUAUCAGGUGUUGAAUGAAAAGAAACAGAUACAUGCUAUAAAGUAUGUGAACUUAGAAGAAGCAGAUAAUCAAACAAUUGACAGUUAUCGAAAUGAAAUUGCUUAUUUGAAUAAACUACAACAACAUAGUGAUAAGAUCAUCCGACUUUAUGAUUAUGAAAUCACAGACCAGUACAUCUGCAUGGUAAUGGAGUGUGGAAAUAUUGAUCUUAAUAGUUGGCUUAAAAAGAAAAAAUCCAUCAAUCCAUGGGAGCGUAAGAGUUACUGGAAAAACAUGUUGGAGGCAGUUUACACAAUUCAUCAGCAUGGCAUUGUUCACAGUGACCUGAAGCCUGCCAACUUUCUGAUAGUUGAUGGAAUGCUAAAGCUAAUUGAUUUUGGGAUUGCUAACCAAAUGCAACCAGAUACAACCAGUAUUGUUAAAGACUCCCAGGUUGGCACAAUUAAUUAUAUGCCGCCAGAAGCAAUCAAAGAUAUGUCUUCCUCAAGAGAAAAUGGAAAAUCCAAAUCAAAGAUCAGCCCUAAAAGUGAUGUCUGGUCUUUAGGAUGCAUUUUGUACUAUAUGACUUAUGGGAAAACACCAUUCCAGCAUAUAGUUAACCAGAUUUCUAAAUUACAUGCCAUAAUUGACCCUAAUCAUGAAAUCGAAUUUCCUGAUAUUCCAGAGAAAGAUCUUCAAGAUGUGUUAAAGUGUUGCUUAAUAAGGGACCCUAAACAGCGGAUAUCCAUUCCUGAGCUUCUGGCACAUCCAUAUGUUCAAAUUCAAACUCAUCCAGGUAACCAAAUGGCUAAGGGAACCACUGAAGAAAUGAAACAGGUUUUGGGCCAACUUGUUGGUCUGAAUUCUCCUAACUCCAUUUUGAAAGCUGCUAAAACUUUAUAUGAACAAUAUAGUGUUGGUGAAAGUCAUGAUUCUACCUCAUUAUCCAAGACUUUUGAAAAAAAAUGGGGAAAAAAAUGAGUUGCAUCAUCUUAUAAACUGUCAGAUAUCGCCUGUAAAGUAUAUUGGACUGUUAUACUCUUGGUUUCUUAUGGAAAUCUACUCUUGAUGGACAACUUCAUUCUGAAAUAUUCAGUGGAUUAUCUUCAAAAGAAAACUGU